CCCGUCCAACGACAGCAGAGCAAAGCCCAGAUCUUUACCGACACCGACACUCAACGUCCAAAGCGACAGCCGCACGACCGACCGAAAUUCAAAUCGCCGUCUUCUCGCCGCCGGUGCGGACACGCGUCCUUCGUAUUUCUUCGAAGUUUAAAAUUGUUUCGGGCCCGCGAUGACCGGAAGAAAAUCCGCGCCGUUGGUGCUGGCGUGCCUCUAUUGGACGAUGGUGAACGAGUGCUUGUGCGACGUCGCGACGCUGGCGCAAAACGAAAAUUCGGCCGUCUCCAAGUUCCGCGACGCCCUCCAGCAACAGAAUACAAUCACCAUCCUAGCGUCCAUAGAAGAGAGGCUGAGGAACCUGGAUACGAUGCACUCGUUGCAAUUAUCUCGCACGUUCGAGACGAAACUGGACCAGUACAACAGAAAACUGGAGAACCUGGACAGCAAGCUGAUGCGCCUGGAGGCGCUGGUGAUGAUGAACUUGGGCAAGAUAUCGGAGAACAUCAGCACGAAAAAUUUCAAAGACGACAUCGCCAAAACGGACACGUCCAGGAAGCUGGAUUCCAUUUACGAAAGCAUCACCAACAGGUUGAACUACGUGGAGAGGAAACUGGACGUGGACAACGCGAAAAUCCAAGAGAAAUUCGAGAAAACCUUCCUCCAUUUGGAUCGAAUCGAGAAAGGAACGUCGAAGAGAGACUCCGAUUUGGAAACAGAGCUAUCAACCGUUAUAAAAACGCUGGAAAACUUGAAGAAAACCAACCGAAUCACCGAAGAAAAAUUCCUGAACGUAUCCGCGGAGAACAAGAACGUAUCGAAGCACACGCUGAGCCUGCUGGUGAAAUACAACUCGGACGCCCGCAAAUUCGCGAAUAAAUUACACGACAACAUCGUAAAUUCCCUGCAGUACAUCGACAACAGAACCGCCAAGCACAUGCAGAUAUCCGACGAGACCAACGUCGUUUUGAAGCAGAUGAAAAUCGACUUGAAGGAUGAUUUCAACAGCUACGCCAACAAGGUGGCCGAUAUGAAUUCGGACAUGUGGAAGAACACCGAUACGACCGAAGACGAUCUGAAGAGCAUCAGUUUCAUGGUAAACAACACGCAAAUCGAGCUACAAAACGGCGUCAGAUCGUUGAUGAUACAAAUCGGUAAAAUAUCGCAAAAAAGCGACGACGCAGAGGCCGAAACGAACCACAAAGAGCUAGAGGACAUAAUGACGGCGAACUUCGACAAAGUACUGACCAAUCAAGAGGUGUUCCUGGAGAGCUGCCAUCGACUUCAAAUGGACGAAUCGCAAAUCGAAUCGGAAAUCAGCGUCAUGCUCAACAAGCUCAUCGAUAUGCUGGAGAAAAAGUUAGUGAACGUAACGAAUAAAUCGAAACGAACUGAUUCUUUGUUCUCCGUUAGAUUGGCGAACGAAGUGAAAGACAUCAAAAAUUUCGAGAAAAACCUGAAGAACCACGACAAUCGGAUAAACAGGAAUCUGUUCCAGGCCAAUCAGAAUAUUAUAUCGCUGUCGGAGAAAUCCACCAUGAUCACGCAAAUGAUCACGUCCGAAAUUAGGAAAAUAGGUACCGAUUUGAACGCCCUGUUUUCAUUUGUACAGAGCACUACUAACGAAGGAUCUUCUGCGGUAUCCUCUAAGGUGAUUCUAGACAAACUAAACAACAUAGACAAACACUCGAGGAAUUUGGAAAAAGCGUUCCACAAACCGGACAACGUAUCCAACCACCAGCUACACAUAGAAAUCCAAAAACUAUCGAAAUCCCUAACAACAAUCCUAGACAGAAUACAAAACUACACAAGAGACAUAAACACCAAUAUACAACAUCUACUCCUAUUCGACAACACCACAACAACAACGGACACAAAACAUCGACCCGAAAUAAACGAAACCAUACGGGAAGCCAUCAACCAAGUGUUUUCUUCAAAUUUUACCACCACAAAGAAAAAAUGUCCGCCGAAUUAUCGGGGUCUCAUCGACAUCAGAGCGGACUUGCACGAUUGCGAAGAGGCCACAGCCAAAAAACCAAAGCCUACUAGGAAGUCGCGCAGGAGGAAAUUGAAGUAUGACAUUGACGUUAGGAGUGACAUCAAUUCUCGAAUGGGAGGCGAUGAUGAUGACGAUACAACGACGACAACAGAAAUGUAUAUUACAACAACGAUGCCAAAUGAGGAAUUGAAUAAUAUGGAAACAACAACAAUGGAGGUUUCAAAUUAAGUGAUAUGUUACUUAAGCGAUAGUGGAGCAUUAAUAAGCAGUAACUAUCGGUAGUGUUUGUAUACUUACAUAAGUUAGUACUUAAAUUAGUUUUAUAAUUGUUACAUAUUGGUUUUGAAGCAAUUUGAACAGAAAUGCUCGAUUUUUAUAUUCGAGCUUUUAUUGUGUUAUAAUCGAGCAUUCUGUUUUGUGAGAUCUUCAAAAACUCCAGAAAAUAGUAUAUUAACAAAGCUGUGACUGUAAAUAUUUACCUGUUCUACUAAUACAAUUUCAUUAAACAGUAUUACAACAACCGUUUAUCACUAACCAGCUAAUGAAUUGGAAUUAAAAACGAAUCCAAUCGUACAAAC